AUGGGAAGUCCCCGAGCUUCCAGCCUGGUCCUUGUGGCCGAAAAAUGGCAUGUUUUGCUUUUGCUUUUGGUUCUUGUUCGUGACGCCAAAAAUGUUCUGUGUGGGGAACAUGUGAGGGGAGAGAAAAGAUACGGACACAAUACGUUUAAGGCUGAGCUUCAGCCCCUUCUUUUUGUGGUAUUCUUAGUCAUCUACCUUAUCACAGUAAUUACAAUCAUGAGCUUCUUAAUCAGAAGUGAUUCAACACUACACACUCCAGUGUACUUGUUCCUCAAUUAUCUCUCCUUUGUAGAUCUCUAUUAUGCCACCGAUAUCACUCCUCAGAUGCAGAUGCUGGUUAAUUUUUUUUCCAAGAGAAAAACCAUUUCCUUUAUUGGUUGCUUUGUCCAAUUUCACCUUUUCAUUGCACUGGUGAUCACAGAUUAUCAUAUGCUCACAGUGAUGGUGUAUGACCACUACAUGGCCAUCUGCAACCCUUCGUUAUAUGGAAGCAAAAUGUCCAGGUGUGUCUGCCUCUGUCUCACUGCUGCUCCCUAUAUUUAUGGCUCUGCAAAUGGUCUGGUACAGGUCAUCCUGAUGCUUUGUCUGUUCUUCUAUGAACCCAAUGAGAUCAACCAUUUUUAUUAUGCAGAACCACCCCUCUUAGUCAUCGCUUGCUUGGAUACUUAUGUCAAAGAAACUGCCAUGUUCGUGGUGGCUGGUUCCAACCUCAUCUGCCCUCUCACUAUCAUCUUUAUUUCCUACACUUUCAUCUUCACAGACAUUCUGCGUAUCUGUACUGCUGAGGGAAGGCACAACGCCUUCUCCACCUGCGGGUCCCAUGUGACUGCCGUCACUGUCUUUUAUGGAACGCUGUUUUGCAUGUGCCUGAGGCCCCCUUCUGAGGCAUCUGUAGAACAGGCGAAAAUUGUAGCUGUUUUUUAUAUCUUUGUGAGUCCUACGUUAAACCCAUUGAUCUACCGUCUGAGGAAUAAAGAUGUUAAAAGAACAAUAAAGGAAGUUAUCCAAAAGAAACUGUUUGCUAAGUAA